CGUCACCUCCCUGCGCCGGAAGUGUGUCCGGCGGCCGGCGGGAGGCCGGCGGGCGACCAUGUAGGUGCCCUCGCCGGCGUGAGCGAUGCGCUGGCUGCUGCCGCUGUCCCACACAGUGACACUGGCCGUCGUGCGCGUGCGGCGAGGCGUCUGCGGGCUCGGGAUGUACUAUGCGGUGAGGAGGGGCCGCAGGACCGGCGUCUUCCUGAGCUGGAGUGAGUGCAGAGCGCAGGUGGACCGGUUCCCUGCUGCCAGGUUUAAGAAAUUUGCCACAGAAGAUGAAGCUUGGGCCUUUGUUAGGAGCUCUCCGAGCCCAGAUGGUUCAAAAGGGCAGGAAACUGCACAUGUGCAAGAAUCACCGGUCAAGACCAGCAAGCGGCCUCGGGAGCCUCCAGGGGAAGGGGAAGGGGAAGAACAGCCGGAGCCAGAGGCAAAGCACACCAGACAGAGCUCAGAGCUGGCUCCCCUAGUGAGCAAGGACACGUUUUCUUAUAUGGGAGAGUCAGUUGUUGUCUACACAGAUGGCUGCUGCUCCAGUAACGGGCGGAAGCGGGCGAGAGCAGGAAUUGGCGUUUACUGGGGGCCUGGCCAUCCCUUAAAUGUAGGUGUUAGACUUCCUGGGCGACAGACAAACCAGAGGGCCGAGAUCCAUGCAGCCUGCAAAGCCAUCAUGCAAGCCAGGGCUCAGAACAUCAGCAAGCUGGUUCUUUAUACAGACAGCAUGUUCACCAUCAAUGGGAUAACCAGCUGGGUUCAGGGCUGGAAGAAGAAUGGCUGGAGAACCAGUGCAGGGAAAGACGUGAUCAACAAGGAGGACUUCAUGGAGCUGGACAAGCUCACCCAGGGCAUGGACAUCACGUGGAUGCACAUUCCUGGUCACUCCGGAUUCGUGGGUAAUGAAGAAGCUGACAGGCUGGCAAGGGAAGGCGCGAAGCAGUCUGAAGACUGAGCAAAGUUGCUGCUGUGCCCUCAGACGCCAGGAGUGGUUGUUCCUUUACCCUGAUGUGCAGUGAGGACACAGCGUGGAGGACCUGACCGAGACCUGUGACGCAGCUUGAUGAGAAGUGCUUGGAUAACGAAAGGGGAAGCUUGAACUCAACCUUCUGUGGACAUUCAGUCAUGGCCUUCUGGGUCUGACAUUCUGCCCCACCUGCAGGGCUACAACGGGUUCUCGACCACCCUAAGGAGGGAAUGUAGGGACAGGAGAUACAAAGGAAAAU